AUGACCGGACCCCGAAUCGCAAUCAUCUACUACUCCCUGUACGGUCAUAUCCGACAGCUGGCUGUGGCCAUGCAAAAGGCCAUUGUCGAGGCUGGAGGACAAGCCGACCUCUUCCAGGUCCCCGAGACUCUCACUGAAGAGGUUCUGACCAAGAUGGGAGCUCCCCCCAAAUCCGGCGAUCCCAUUGCGACCAACCAAGUCCUACAAGAAUACGAUGCCUUCCUGUUUGGCAUCCCUACCCGAUUUGGAACCUUUCCUACCCAAUGGAGAGCCUUCUGGGACUAUACUAUGGGUCUUUGGGCCCAGAGAGCCCUUCAUGGCAAGUACGCUGGCCUGUUUGUCUCCACCGGAACCCCCGGCGGAGGACAGGAAGUCACCGCCCUUAACGCCAUGUCCACCCUGGCCCAUCAUGGCAUCAUCUACGUGCCCCUGGGUUACAAACAUACCUUUACCCAAGUGACCAAUCUCGAUGAGGUCCACGGAGGCUCUCCCUGGGGAGCAGGUACUUUUGCGGGUCCCGAUGCUUCGCGUCAACCCUCUGCUCUGGAGCUCGAUGUUGCUCAGAUCCAGGGCCGGGAGUUCUAUCUCACAGUUAAGAAGGCUUUCAAUUAG